AAGAAGCACCGUAAUAGCAACUAAUAGAAAUAAUAGCAGUUUUAAAAUAACUUAUUUACAGAAAAUGGCAAAGCCAAAAGAAAUAAAGUCUAGAUUGAAGAAAGAAGGCGAAUUCAUCCCUCCCGACGGCGGCUGGGGUUGGAUGAUCGUGUUAGCUGCUGGUUUGUCAAAUUUAUCGGCGCUUCCAAUGCUCCAACAAUUUGGUCUGCUGUUUCGGGAUAGACUGGCACAAGUGGGUGUCACCGGAUCGGCUCUCACAACAAUAAUCAACAUGAACUCCGCCCUGACGUCUUGCGUCGGACUAGCGAAUGGUCCAGUAUUUAAAACAUUCAGUUACCGCGCUGUAUCUUUGACGGGUGCCAUUGUUGUGUUCAUCUCAUUACUACUCACGACUUUUUCCUACAAUUUCGCUUCUUAUUUGAUGUCAUUUUCAAUUCUUUAUGGUAUUGGAUAUGGUAUCAGCAGCUCUGCAAAUGCGCUCGCAUUAAAUACUUACUGGAAAAAGAGAAGAAGAUUAGCAACGGGAUUGUCAUGGACGACCACAGGUCUUGGACCGAUUUUAUGGCCCCAGAUAUUUAAGUUUUUCUUAUUCCCCACAUUCGGUCCUAGGGGAACAACUCUAUUUUUAAGUGGUUUUUCUCUACAUUCCAUUGCCUGUGCACUUCUCUUACAACCAGUAGAAUGGCAUUCAAAAAAGCCAAAGGAAAAAGAAGAAGAAAUAUUUUUGGAGCCUGAUUGUAAAGAAAGUCGACUAACUAAUGACAAAAAGAAAGAAAGUGGCUAUUUCAGCCAAAAAAUAAAAAAUCUUAGUGCCUUUUCCAGUCAAUAUCUUUACAAUGAAGAUGAUCCAGUAAAUACAGGUUAUGAAAUCACAGACCCUGGAAUCCCAAUGAUGGUUCGUGCCAACGAUGCAUAUUUCAGUCAGUCGAGACAAUCACUAAGAAGCAGGCUUCCGUCAAGAGAAGGAUCGAACAGAAAUUCUCGGUUAAACUCAAAGAAACCUUCUAUGACAAAUUUAACUGAAAAUCGAUCACGCAAAUCGUCAACUUUGUACUUAAAUGAAUCUAAGAAAAACUCAACAGCUAAUCUUGGAGCUUUAACGUUUGAACGAGAUUCUGGUAAAAAACCAACUGUGACGAACUUACCUGAAAAUAAAUCUCGAAAAUCGUCAACGAUAUAUUUAAGUGAAUCAAAAAAGAACUCCUCUGUUAACCUUGGAGCUUUAGCUCAAGAACGUGAAACAUAUAAACCGAAACGUAAAAUAUCUAUCACUGAUACACAAAUCCCAGAAUCUGAAAUAGAAGAUUGUCCGACACUUAAAGCACCACAAGAUUUAAAAGCAGAUGAAAAGGCAGUUUUAGAACAGAUAGACCCAGAAAGGGAAAAACUAAUUAUUGACAGAGCUGAAAAACACCUAGCUAGUAGUAAAAGCGUAAAAACACUUAAAUUGCCUGUAGAAUCUCCGUACGGAGAACUUUACAACAGAAAUAACCACAGCAACGUGUCGUAUAAAAAUUUCGACGACAACGAGGAAAGGAAGUAUCUUAAAGACAACCACAGCAAUCAAUCAUAUCGCACAACAAGACAAAGAAGGAAAUCUAACAAUUUUAACUAUGAAAGUGAAGUUUUAAAAGAGGCUUCGUUGAAGCUUGAGCAAUACUUGAAAGAAAAAGAUGAAGAGACCGACCAAAAACUUAAGUUAUUAAUCAGUACUGAUUUAGACGAUGACGUGUUUGAAUACAGCGAUGAUAAAAAGCAAGAUGAAAACCUAGAUGACGAAGAAAAAGAAGAAUUAACAUUUUGCCAAAAAGUUGCAUUGUUCUUUGAUUUAGAUUUGCUAAAAGAUUUCACAUUCAUUAACCUGAUGUUGGGCAUAACUUUGGCGAAUUUUAACGAACUCAAUUUUUCUAUUUUGACGCCUUUCAUACUGGGCAGAUUUAAUUUGAGUCCAUCAGAGAUUUCGGACUUUAUGUCAAUACUAGGUGGAGUCGACGUUGGCGUACGGUUCUGCAUACCGUUUAUAGCUGGAAAAAUCGGCUGGGACAACAACUCGUUCUUCCUUUUUGGAGUCAUCUCUAUGGCUAUGGGGAGAGUAGUAUUAACUUUCAGCCAGAGGUACUGGGUGGUGAUGAUAGUGGCGUGCUUGAUUGGCUUCGGCAAGGGCCUGCGUACAGUUUUCAUGGCACUGGUGAUACCGACACAUGUACCGCUUCAUAAACUCCCUGGCGCCUCUGGUUUACAACUUCUGAGUGCUGGGAUUGCUUAUAUUGCUCUUGGACCCGUUGUGGGUUGGAUCUACGAGAGUGCAAGAACAGAAGUAACCCUUCAUUGUUUGAACAUUUUCACUUGGCUCACAGCUUUAUCGUGGGGUCUGGAGAAGUACAUCAGGGCAAAAACACGAAACGAAUCUAAAGAAGAGCUGGUUGCUGCGUUUGGUAAUAGUGACAAUGAAACUUAUGUAAGUGCUGGAAGUGGUACAAUGACUAUUAACAAAGUACCACCUGAUGGAGGGUACGGAUGGGUUGUUACCUUCGCCUACGCUCUUAACAAUGUGGUAGUACUACCUCUGAUUGCUGGCUUUGGACUGGUCUUUCAAGAAGCCUUUGCCGACACAGGCUUAUCUGCAACCCAAGGCACCCUUGUCAUCACUCUGAACCAUGGCUUCGGAAUGUUACUUUCCUUCUUCGGAGGUCCAGUACUCCGAAGAUUCGGUUAUAGAAAAGUGGCCGUCGUUGGAGCUAUAUUCGUUGCUGGUGGCCUUAUAUUGACAUCAGUGGCAUCCAGUUUUUGGAUGUUCCUUUUUUCAUAUAGUAUUAUCAAUUCUAUAGGAAUAGCUGCAGUCAUGGCAGCAUUUACUUUAGCCAUUAAUUCAUUUUUCAAAGAGAAGAGAGGGAGGGCUAUCGGAGCAGGAAUGUCUAUCACAGGGCUAGGCGCCAUUGGUAUGCCUCUUGUAAUGAGCGCCCUUAUGAGUGCCUAUGGUUGGAGAUAUGCCGUCCUCAUCUUAGGCGCCAUCUGUCUUCAUUCUCUAGUAGCAGCAUGUUUACUUAGACCAGCAAAAUGGUACUUAAAAAAUCAACCAACUUUAGAAGAAAUGGAACCAUUGAACAAACAAACUAGUAUAGAAUUAAUAAAUGGCACUAUUACUACUCCAUUGAAAGAGAACGGUGUUUCUUUACCCCAAGUCGAAGAAUCUAUAGAAAACAGGGCACCUCCGCCAAAAAGUAUAUCAAUGAGAUCUCUUUCAUUCAAUACAAGUCUCGAACCGAGAAACGCGAUCUCACAUCCUGAUUUACGGAACAAAUAUGCCGAACCGCCAGUUUCCGAGUCUCGAUAUAGAUGGUGGGAAUCUCAAGAAAUUAACUUAGGCAGCUCUAUCAAUAUAUUUCUUGAAAAUGAAACGAGAAAACUAGAGGUCAAUGAUAAAGAAUUGACAUCUGGGGAGAAGAAGAAAAAAAGUUUCGGGAGAAAAAUUGUCGACUUCUUCGACUUAACACUUCUUACCGAUCCUGUUUUUGUAAAUAUUUUAUGUGGUUUAUCGCUGGCCGCAUGUGUUGAAACUAAUUUCUCACUUUUGUUGCCAAUCAUACUGAGAGAUAUGAUGCAAUUCCCUACAAGUGAAAUUGCUAUAGUAAUGGCGGUCAUUGGACUCACGGAUACAUUGUUCAGAUUCGUGUCCCCUUUUAUCGGAGAGUGGUGCAAAAAGUCUCCGAGAAUGAUGUACAUGACCAGUUUGCUACUCAUUGUCUUUAUUAGGACUAUAAUGCUGUUUACGUCAUCAUUUACUGGUAUGAUCAUCAUUGCCUUGGCGAUGGGAGUUACCAAGGGAGCCAGGACUGUAUACAUGAACAUUGUAAUACCUAGCUAUGUGCCAAUAGAGCGUCUUGCGUUUGCGUCUGGUAUACAAAUGUUCUUUAAUGGCAUCACUAUAAUCACUAUUGGAUCUCUUCUGGGACGCAUUCGAGAGGCAUCUGGGUCGUACCAACUGCCUAUAAUCGUCCUCAACGCUGUUACAAUGGUAACAGUCUUCCUUUGGACCGCAGAAUUUACAUACUUCAGGAUGAAGAAUAAAAACAAGAAAAUUACGACUGAAGCUUAAUGUUACUAAUGAUACAUGUAAUGUUUAUGAUCGUAGAGGAAGUUAAAGUGUCGAUCGCACCAAGUAAUUUUAACUCACUAGAAUAGCGUGUCUCGACUGGAGUACUGUCUUCCUUUUUAAGACCUAUCCGUAAAUAUCUGGCGAUACGUGAGGACGAACAUCAGUGUCAGUGAAAAGUAAUAUUGCUCCAUAUAUUUUAUACGAAGCUAUCCGACUGUCGGCGUCAGUAACGUUAAAUGACGUCAGUAUAGAGGCCUAUCCACACCUAUCAGUGCCGACACAUAAUGGUCAGUAUCGUGAAUACCAGUGAAAAAUUAAAUUGUUGCAUAAAUUUUGUAUGAAGUUUUCCAUAUUGAAGUGUCAGUAAC